CUCCGAGCCGCACGCUGUUUGAAACGGGGCCAGCGUGUCUUGUGAAGCAGAAGGGAGCUCCGUGAAAGUGGGUCACCUUCCGGAUCAAUCCGGACCCUGCCGUUUCUCCCGAGAGAUUGCCAUUAUCUGGACACACACAGAGCGCAUUAGUCAACACACAGGACCCCUGACCUUUAACCUGACACCCCAUCAGCCGUUGGCAGCAGGACGCCAGCCUGGUUACUACAGCGCUAAAAGCUGCUCCGUCAUGUGUGGUGGUGCAAUCAUCUGAUCCCAGAUCAGCCUGAGAGAGCGAGAGCGAGAGAGAGAGAGAGAGAGAGAGAGAGCAGAGAACACAAAUAUAAAAGAAAACAGUCUUUUUCUGUCUUCAUACUCACUGUUCGUCUCUCAGAAGAGGAGAACAUUAACAUGUGUGCAGAGAAACUGAGAGCUGAGACCUGACAGUGACACAGGAGACACAACCGGCUUCGAAAAAGAUCACAGCUGUAGAGAGCUGCUGCGUGUGUGUGUGUGUGUGUGUGUGUGUGUGGAAAACAGACGCCCAUGUGAGCAGCAGCAGCGCAGGAGAAUCUCAUCGGCUCCGUUCCAGCGUUCGGCCGCGGCUCCGGCGAAGGGGAUGUGAGAAGAUGUCCGUGGGAGGCUGCGCGUGUCCCGGCUGUUCCUCCAAGUCGUUCAAGCUGUACUCCCCAAAGGAGCCCCCCAACGGAAGCGCUUUCCCCCCCUUCCACCCCGGCACCAUGCUGGACAGAGACGUGGGUCCGACGCCCAUGUAUCCCCCCACAUACCUGGAGCCGGGCAUCGGGAGACACACACCUUACGGGAAUCAGACAGACUACAGGAUAUUUGAACUCAACAAGCGGCUUCAGAACUGGACAGAGGAGUGUGAUAAUCUGUGGUGGGACGCUUUCACUACUGAAUUCUUUGAGGAUGACGCUAUGCUCACCAUCACGUUUUGUCUGGAAGACGGUCCUAAACGAUACACGAUCGGCCGGACGCUGAUUCCUCGUUACUUUAGGAGUGUGUUUGAAGGCGGCGCCACAGAGCUCUACUACAUUCUCAAGCACCCUAAAGAGUCCUUCCACAACAACUUUGUGUCUCUGGACUGUGAUCAGUGUACGAUGGUCACGCAGAACGGCAAACCCAUGUUCACACAGGUGUGUGUGGAGGGCCGUCUGUACCUGGAGUUCAUGUUCGACGACAUGAUGAGAAUAAAGACGUGGCAUUUCAGCAUCCGGCAGCACAGAGAGCUCAUUCCCCGCAGCAUCCUGGCCAUGCAUGCUCAGGACCCGCAGAUGUUGGAUCAGCUGUCCAAAAACAUCACCAGAUGCGGCCUGUCAAACUCCACCCUCAACUACCUCCGAUUGUGUGUGAUCCUGGAGCCCAUGCAGGAGCUGAUGUCCAGACACAAGACGUACAGUCUGAGUCCCCGAGACUGUCUCAAGACGUGUCUGUUCCAGAAGUGGCAGAGGAUGGUCGCUCCUCCAGCUGAACCGGCCAGACAGGCGCCGAGUAAGCGACGGAAGCGCAAGAUGUCAGGCGGCAGCACCAUGAGCGCCGGCGGCGGCUCCAAUAACAACAGCAACAACAAGAAGAAGAGCCCAGCAAACAGUUUCCCGCUGUCCAGUCAGGUCCCGGAUGUGAUGGUGGUGGGCGAGCCCACGCUGAUGGGCGGUGAGUUCGGGGACGAGGACGAGCGUCUGAUCACGCGGCUGGAGAACACACAGUUUGACGCGGCCAACGGCAUCGACGACGAGGACAGCUUUAACAACUCGCCCGCGCUGGGAGCCAACAGCCCCUGGAAUAACAAGCCUCCGUCCAGCCAGGAGGGCAAGAACGACAACCCCACCUCACAGGCGUCUCAGUGAGACUCAGGGCGGGGCUGGGGGCGGGGCCAGGGAGCGUCAGGCAUCCAAUGGGAAGAAAGAGGUGCGGUCGACUCAUUCAUCUACCUGCAGUAGCUGGUCUUCCUGUCAGCAGAGGAAGUGAACCUGCAGGACCAGAGAUGAGCGUCGCACCACAACAGAAACCGUUUACUCGACACAGGACAGUUUUUAUUCACACACUCGUGGUUUUGUUGGUGAUUUAUGAGGAGCCUGUAGAUAGUUCAUAUGUUUAAGUUAAGAUGAAGCAGAGAAAUCUGACCACGUAAAACGCCAACAAGACCAACAAAUAUCCAGCUCUGGUUUCACUCACAAGAAAUGACGUUUUGCAUGAGGAAAAUAUAAUUUUUUUUUUUUUGAAAGAUAAUUUUAGUUUUAAUACUGUUUUGUAUGGAAGCUUGUUUCUGCCACUGAAUAAAAAUAUAAAAAGGUAAUUGGAACUUUCUACCUCACAAUUCAGACUUUUCAGAAUUAUUUUUUUUUAAUUCAGACUUUUUUUCUAGCAGUUGUGAGUUUUUAUCUCAUGAUUCUGACUUUUCUCGCAAUUGCGAAUUAUCUAAAUUCUGACUUUUUUUUUUCUUGCAAUUGCGACAUUUUAUCUCACGAUUCUAACUUUUCUCACAAUUGCAAAUUUUUCUCAAUUCUGACUUUUUUUUUUCUCAGAACUGUGACUUUGUCUCGCAAAUGCAACUUUCUCUCACAAUUGCGACUUAUCUCACAAUUCUGACUUUUUUCUCACAAAUACGACUUUCUCUUACAAUUCUGACUUCUCGCAAUUGCAACUAUUUCAUUCAGAUUUUUUUUUCUUGCAAUUGCGACUUCUCACAAUUGUUUUUUUUUUCUCAAAAUUGGUGAGAUAAACUCAAAAUAUGAACUAAAAUUGUAAGAAAAUAUUAUUUUUCCUCAGAAUUGGACUUUAUAACUUCCAACAUCUCAAUUCUGAGAAAAAAAGUUGCAAUUACCUUUUUAAUUUCUUAAGUAGCUUCCAUAGUUUUGUUACUGUAUUGCAAUGAGAGAAUUUUUUUAAUUUUUUUUAUGUGAAUCAGCAUAAAUCAAAACACUACCGUUCCUAUCCUCUUGUUUUGCAUUACAGUAAUGAGAAUUUGCUGGGGAAAAUGUUUAAUCAUCAUUUCAAUGCAAACAAACUAAUGGUUCUAAUAGUAGGCUAGAUAUUUUCUUUCAGCAAAAUGUCAUUUCUUAUGUUUGGAGUAAAAUAUCAAACACAACAGAUUAAUUUGCAGUCUCACAUCUUCCUCUGAUUGCUGGAGGAUGUUUAAUAUCACAUGAAGAGCGUUUCAACUCAGACGCGUUUUGGAGAAUUUUAUCCAUGUUUUAUACCAGCCUCUAUUUCCCUAGAAUGUUUUAUUUUAUUAUUUUGGUUUCUUUUUUUCUUUUUUUACUGAUGUUGAAAGCUGCAAACCAAGGAGUAACAGAACCGUCGAGGUCCUUAAAGAUUUCAAGCCUCAGAUUCUAUUGGUUUGUCUUAUUUUUAAAGAGAGUCGUUUAGCGUGGGCUUUGAUUGAUUUCUGUGUACUUGUGCUUGUAUAUUUAAGGUAGUAGCAGAGUUCUGUAUAACUGUAUUGAGAUGUAUUCCUCCUUAGAGUUACAUAAAGCCAUUCUGAUCUAAUGUGUAAAAAAAUGCAAAACGUGAAAGAUGAAAACACACCAACCUCGUCUUUUCCCCUCUUGAUUAUUUUUUUAAUUUGCAUAUACGACUGAUGAAUUGAAAUCAAGGGCACGGUCUGUGUUUGUUGCCUGAUUGUUUGAGUUUCUGCCACAGAAGACGCUUUAAGCAGACUUCAGUGUUUGUUUUCUAUCAGUCUGUUUCUUCAUCUUCUGUUCUUCACGUGUUUAAGGGAGACCAACUGUGAUCAGCUAGUCAUGUUUCAUUAACAUGUUAGUUGUUUUAUUUCACCCACACACCCAAUACUGCUGAAACUCAGAUUUUUGUACUAUUUGAUGAUUUUUUUCUCUCUCUACUUCUGACCAGCUGAAUCGAUCUGAAUGAAUUAAAGGUCUGCACUUGUAAUUGAAACAAACUGGUGAUCUUUUCCACCUUUAACCUUGUAGAUGCCCCUGUUUGAUAUAACUUUGUUUUCUUAAUUUCUGCCCUUGAUUAAAUUAAUGUAUGGAACCAAUAAAAUAUGAAUUUUCACUUUAA